AUGGGGAGUGUGAGCAGCCUCAUUUCAGGCCAGAAUCUCCAAGGGAAACAGUGCAAAGCCUUGGAGUAUGGGAACAUCAAGGCUACCCACCUCCACAAGCUCCUCAGGCAACAAGAUGGCCUGCUGAGGUUUGACACCAGCCACCAAGCAACCAACAAAGGCUCCAAAGUAAACUCUGAGUGUGAGAAAACGGAGGACUUCUUCUACAUCAGUGUCAGCAAAACCAAUGGGCUGACCAACACAGGCAAGCUGAAGAAGUGCACUGUCCAAGUCAAGCCUCAGAAAGGUGGACUGGUCAGCAUGGAUGGACAAGAACCACCACCCACACUGGUACCAUUCUCUGGCCAUAUUGACAAGAGUACAGGAAAGAACAUUGUCAGGCCAACAGUGCUAAAGGUGAUGGCACCUAGGAAUGGCAACGCCAAUGUGAACUGUAUCUCAGGAAAGCUGGCAAAUCAAAAGGGAGAAUUUCAGGGCAAUCUAUCGAAGGUAACGAAGCAUUCAGUGAUGCAUGACGCUCAUGAGCAGAAACACACAACAAACCAUUCUGGUACCCUGUCAGACUCGGGUCGAAAUUCCAUGUCUAGCCUGCCCACUCCAAGCACAGAGCCAGUUAGUGCAGCAAACCUUCUCAGCAGGUUUGGAGACAUCAGUCAGGGAGCAGGCUCUCUGGACAGCAUCUUGAACACUGGAAGCUGCAGCACAUCUACCCCUGAGAGCAGGGAAUGGCGGGCCAGCCACUGCACAAUCUUUCCCCAACCCCAGAAAGAAGCUGGAUGGGAGGGACUCUGGCCAGCUCAGGAUGUGAAGACAACAGCUGUCCUCAGACUGGACCAGGACAAACAGGAGAUAACCAGCCUUAUGCAGUCUGGCGACACCAAAACAAAGGCACCAAGGAACCAACACCAACUGGUCCUGCUCCAACUCAGCCAACUCCAGCAAGAUAAGGCCAAACUUCAGGAAGACUUCACACAACUCCUGCAGCAGCAUGACAGCCUCAACGCCAAAUGCAAAGCCUACCAAAGGGAACAAACUGAACUUGCUCCAAAACUGGAAGAAACAAAAUGGGAGGUUUGCCAGAAGUCAGGGGAGAUCUCACUGCUGAAACAGCAGCUGAAAGACUCACAGGCUGAGUUGAUGCAGAAGAGCAGUGAGCUCUUGUCAUUGAAGAGCCAGCUGAGAGAAGCUAAAGGAAAGCUAUCUGCCCGAGAGCAGGCAGUGGAGGAGCUGCAGAACCGCCUACAAGCCAGGGACAGAGAGCUCGAGGUGUGUGAAAACGAGAGGCAGCGUAUGAAGAACGCAGCUGACCUGCUGCGGGAAAAGGUGGGCCUGCAGGACGGCCAGAUCCUGCAGCUGAAGCACAAGCUGGCCGGCUGCAAAGAGCUGGACAUCCACCCUGCACAGGGUGAUCCCACAGCCUGCCACAGCGAGCCGGCCCUACCCAAGCCUGAGCAAGACUCUGUGGCUCUGCAAGGGGAGCUGGCAAGCUUACAGGCCCAGCUGGAGCAGGAGAAGAAAUCCAACCAGGAGCUCUCCUGCAACUUUCGCCAGGAGCGCCUCGUGUGGCAACUGGAGAAGCAACAAGUGAUUGAGUAUCAGAAACAGCUCCAGCAGAGUUACACUGAGGUGCUGCAUCAGAACCAGAGCCUGCAGACAGUCAUCCAACAACUUUCCACUCAGCUGAAGGUGAGAAAUCUGAGGGGCAGUGAAAAGCAGAGCACUGACAUUCACUACCAGGAGAUUGUCGCCACUGCCCUGUAACAAGUGUAAGAAAACUUGCUGCUUAGCUCAGGUUUGACCACUGUCUGAGUGGAUCGGAGGAUUCAUCCAGCUCACGGUCAGAAAUUUCCACACUGUGAAGCCAUACGACUUUGACUUCAGAAUGACUGCCUCACAAUGCACUCUCUCAAUG